CAGUCCGGGUUUAUUUUUGUGUCGCGCCGUGGCGCGGGUGUAACAAAAGGAAGACGGCCAUGACAUCGGAGUGCUGAGGUUUCACUGAGCUUACAAAUAGCUAUAUUUUUACAAAAAUCGCUACAUUUCAGUGAUCGAGUGAUUACUUUGGAUAUUGCGAAAAGAACACGAUUAAGAGCACAAUGACAUAGCGGUGACAAUAACACGACGGAGAAACUCAUGUUUGUAGCGAAAGCUUCAGGAUCUUUGGGGCCAUUCCGUGGCCCUAGUAAGCCAUGAAUCGUGUCGGAGAGAGGGACUUCCAGACGUCAGCAAGGAGGAUGGGCACAUCACUCCUCUUUCAGCUGUCCGUGCACGAGAGAGAGCUGGAUCUGGUGUUCCUGGACCACAGCUAUGCCAAGCCCUGGAACGCUCACCCUGACGCCAGCAGUGCCAGACCCACACGAAUGCUUUUCGUCACUCCGCGACGCCAACCAGAGCCUGCUGUGGAGUCCGACGUUUCCAUCGACGUCGAAACGAUCAUGCCUUCUCCUGUACCUCUCUACGACGACCAGAAGGCACGGAGCGUCAUGAACGAGUGCGAACGUCACGUCCUGUUCGCCCGGACGGUCGCUGACGGACCGCCGCCGCCCGAGGACUGGGAGGAGCAUAUAAACAAGGCUGGCUGGAGCCCAGCACAGAAUAAGCUCUUUAACAAAGUACUGAAGGCUCUACAGGCGGAGAGACUGGCCCGUCUGGCCAAUGAGAGUGCCAGUAAUGAGCCGGUUCUGAGGAGGAUCGCUGUGGACAAAUGUGCCAGAAAGGUGCGUCACGCGCUGGCCAGCGUCAGCUGGGACACCAAACUCACCCAAUGGCUCCACAGCACGCUGGUCGAGUCCCUCAGCCUGGCCAUGCUGGCAGCUUACCUGGACGUCCUGCAGACACUCAAGAGCAAGGUGCCCUCGCUGAUCGACCGCAUGCUGCCGACGUCCUCGGUGAAGACGGGGGCGGCCGGGGCCGAGGCCCUCUCCCUCCUGCUGAAGCGGCCGUGGGACCCUGCCGUGGGCGUGCUGGCUCACAACAAACCAAGUAAACUCCCUGGGUCUCCCCUCAUCCUGAUCGCUCCGUCAGGACCAACCAACCCGGCCUUUCCCACCUCCCGCAGAAUGAGGUUCUGGCAGUCUCAGCUCUCCUGUCUGGGCAAGGUGAUCCCCAUUAACACCCCUCCCGUCAGCAGUGGCUCUAACGUGAGCAUGACUCAGAGCCUGGAGCUGAUGAUUGGAGCAGUCCGGGGGAAAGUGAUGGAGGUGCACAGUCACUUCCCUCAUAAACCCAUUAUCCUGGUGGGCUGGAACGUUGGCGCUCUGAUCUCGUGUCAUGUGUCUCUGAUGGAUCACUUGGCGGCUGUGGUGUGUCUGGGGUUCCCCCUGCAGACGGUCAAUGGACCCAGAGGGGAUGUGGACGACCCGCUGCUGGAUAUGAAGACCCCGGUGCUGUUCGUGGUCGGUCAGAACGCCCUGCAGUGCAGCACUGAGGCCAUGGAGGAAUUCCGGGAAAAAAUCCGAGCGGAUAACAGCAUGGUGGUGGUGGGAGGAGCAGACGACAACCUCAGGAUCAGCUCAUCCAAGAUGAAAUGUGAGGGUCUGACCCAGACCAUGGUGGACCGCUGCAUACAGGAUGAAAUCGUGGAUUUUCUGACGGGGGUCCUGACUCGUGCGGAGAGUCACGGCCACAGCUCGGGGGAGAUGCGAGACCUCGACACGGAGAAGAAAAAGAAGCCGCGCCGCGAGCUGCCCUUUGACCUUGACAGGCCACGCCCCUCCUCCCCGGCCGUCAGAGUGCCCAUAUCCCCCUCGGGGUCAGAGGACAUGUCGAGUGUGUGUAGCAGCCCCACGGCCAGCCCGAAGCCGAAAACUACAGGCCUGUCUCCGGCCCAGAAAUCCAGUCUCAUCACGGCCACUCAGCUACUCAAAACACACAUGCAGCGAUCGGGAACCAUGCUGACACACAAACAGGCCCAAGCCCAGUUCGCUGCUUUUAUGAAACAAAACCUGCUGGUGAGGAAAAGUCUUCCUCCUGGCAAUCCUUCCUGUGUGUUUGUGCCCGUAUCCAGCGAGCAGGCAGAGGGUUUGGACAGAGACGACCUGCGAGUUCAUCUGAAGAGGAGACAAACUCCCAGCCCCACCCCAAACAAGCCCUCUAAGAGAGCCAAGAUUAAAGUCACCAUCGUGUCCCACGGGGAAACAGCAGGGGGCGCCAUCAGCUCGGCGGCUCAGGAAGUGGGUUCGUCUGGAAAACCUCUCACAGUGUCUAUGGGCCAAACUGUGUCAGGAGCUAAAGAACUUUCUGGACUUCUCACAGCACAGAGGUCAGGGGGCCUGGCGGAAGUUUCCGGAGCUCUGGGUUCAAGCAGCGGGUCCUUUCACGGUCUCCAGGGCUGCGUAGUGUCAGGUUCUUCCUCCUCAUCGCCUGUCCAGGCCCAGCCAACGGCCGCUGCACAGGCGUCUGCCAGCAGCUUACUCCAGGGUCUGAGUUUCAGCCUGCAGGAGAUCGGCACCAAAUCUCCCAGCCUACCCUCAAGUUCUGCCUCUGUUUCUCAGCAGGCUUCAGGAGCCAAACCUCCGCACGGACAGGUGUUAAACUCCCUCAGCCCAGGUGGGGGUGCUCUGGUGAGAGCUGUACCGGGGGUUUCCACGGGAACCGGAGGGACCAAAACCACAGCGAUCCACCAGCUCCUGACUAACGGCGGACUUGCCAAACUGGCCAGCAGUUUGCCGGGCUUGGCCCAGGUGUCAGGCCAAGGAACCGGGCUGAAAGCUCCAACCACUAUAACAGUGACUUUGAGAGGCCAGUCGAGUAGAGUUACCGCUCUCAGCCAGGCGGGGGCGAUGUUGACCCAUCACAGACCUCCUGACACGCAGUGACCGGACCGUCGCCUGUCGGUGCGGGCAGACGGCGCGCGUGAGGCCUGGAACGGCCGAC